CAUUGAGCUUCGAUCCUCUCUGCUCGUGUUCAUCACCGCCGGUCACUGUUCGAUUAUCACUGCUCGUGUUUUUUGCUGCUUUUCUGUUAACUUUGGUUGGAUCAGAAGUUGCAUAUUCUGCUGCACAAGCUACAGUGGCAACUCUUUCGAAGGCUUACAAAACAACUAAAAAUCAUCGAUCAUUCCCAAGAAACACAUCACUACAAGUCAAAGUUCAUUCUUCCAAAAGAGGGGAAAGGGUGGGUGAUGACUGGUGUUCGAGAAGCUUGGAAAGGUUACAAAACAAGAAUCAAGGGAAAGCAUUUUGAGAGAUAUAACAACAUUGAAGAUAUGCUGAAAAAUCGCCCUUUAGAUAUUCCAGAAGUUCAAUUUCAAAAGUUAAUUGCAUAUUGGAGUAUUCCUUCUGUUAAGGCUCUAUCUCGUUUAAAUUCUGAAAAUCGUAAAAAGCAACAACAGCAACAUCGAAUGGGACCUAUAAGUUUUGCAAGAGUGCGUAAUGAAAUGGAUAAACUUAAGAGCCACCAAGAAGCUGGAGACACUCCCGAGAAAGCAUUUACUGCAGUAUUUGGCAAAGAACAACCAGGAAGAGUUCGAUGUUAUGGGAGGACAAUCACAAAAACAUCUCUGCAGAAAGAUCGGGAGAUUGCUAAAAUUAAGCAACAACAUGCAGAGACUAUAAGUUCAAUGAAAACUGAACUUCAUGAGACAAAAGAUAGAGUCCAAAGUUUGGAGGAUCUUGUGAAGCUUCUCUUGCAACAGAGUUCUCUUGGCACAAAUAUUGAUGAAGCACUAUCUUUAUUACGUGCCAAGGAAUCAACAUAUGAUAUAAAUAGUAAGCAAUAUUCGAAUGGCAAUGAUCGUCCUUCCUCAUCAACUCGUGAUCCAAAGUGA